AUGGUGGAAGGAACGUCAUCCUUUGGAGAGUGUCGCCAUAAGACGCACACGUCGUGCUGCGGCUGUGGCUCUGAGGCCUACCACCUUCAGAAGUCCACCUGUGGCAAAUGUGACAGCUGCCCUGCCAAGCACAAGAGAAAGUGUAACUGGAGCGCCAAGGCUAAGAGGCAAAACACAACCAGGACUGGGCGGAUGAGGCACCUGAAAAUUGUCUACUGCAGAUUCAGACAUGGAUUCUGUGAAGGAACAACUCCUAAGCCCAAGAGGGUAACAAUCGCAACAUCCAGUUCAUCUUGGGGAUUUCAAUCAGUCAUAAAAUAG